AUGACCAAGAACAAGGGGAGAAGGGAAGGCACUGAGAGGACAGAACUAAUGGAGGAGCUGGUGUCAGCUGCUAUCUUGGACGACCCCAUGGAAUGCAGCAGAGGGGAGCGGCUGUCCAUCACCCUGGCCAAGAACCGCAUCAACCGCGCUCCUGAGAGGCUGGGCAAGGCCAAGGUCGAAGUGGACAUCUUUGAACUUCUCAGAGACAGCGAGUACGAGACUGCAGAAACCAUGUGCCAAAUCCUCCCCAAGGGAGUGGUUGCCGUCCUGGGACCAUCGUCUAGCCCAGCCUCCAGCUCCAUCAUCAGCAACAUCUGUGGGGAGAAGGAGGUCCCUCAUUUCAAAGUGGCCCCAGAGGAGUUUGUCAAGUUCCAGCUCCAGAGAUUUACAACCCUGAACCUCCACCCCAGCAACACUGACAUCAGCGUGGCUGUGGCUGGGAUCCUAAAUUUCUUCAACUGCACCACCGCCUGCCUCAUCUGUGCCAAAGCAGAAUGCCUUUUAAACCUAGAGAAGCUGCUGCGGCAAUUCCUUAUCUCCAAGGACACACUCUCAGUCCGGAUGUUGGAUGACACCCGGGACCCCACCCCACUCCUCAAGGAGAUCCGGGACGACAAGACAGCCACCAUCAUCAUCCAUGCCAACGCCUCCAUGUCCCACACCAUCCUCCUAAAGGCAGCUGAACUAGGGAUGGUGUCAGCGUAUUACACAUACAUCUUCACUAAUCUGGAGUUCUCACUCCAGAGAAUGGACAGCCUUGUGGAUGAUCGUGUCAAUAUCCUGGGAUUUUCCAUUUUCAACCAGUCCCAUGCUUUCUUCCAAGAGUUUGCCCAGAGCCUCAACCAGUCCUGGCAGGAAAACUGUGACCACGUGCCCUUCACUGGACCCGCGCUGUCCUCAGCCCUGCUGUUUGAUGCUGUGUACGCUGUGGUGACAGCCGUGCAGGAGCUAAACCGGAGCCAGGAGAUCGGUGUGAAGCCCCUGUCCUGUGGCUCAGCCCAGAUCUGGCAACAUGGCACCAGCCUCAUGAACUACCUGCGCAUGGUAGAAUUGGAAGGUCUCACCGGCCACAUUGAAUUCAACAGCAAAGGCCAGCGGUCCAACUAUGCCUUGAAAAUCUUACAGUUCACAAGGAAUGGUUUUCGGCAG